AUGUUUUACAUAUUACUACUGAAUAUUCUUCUCUGUCUAAUCCGUGCUGAAUUGGUUAUUAAACCAAGUGAUACCUCAUUAACGAGAGAUCAGUAUAAAUCAUUCAUUGCACUGUGCACGGGUGAAUCAACUGAUCGGAUCAUUGCAUGGCGAUCACCACAACACAAGGAUGUAUCUGAGAAUGACAAUGAACGAAUCAUUGCUGAACGACAAAUGAAUGGACUUCGGUUGAGAAUUCGAAAUUUGACGACUGAUGAUCAAGGCGUAUGGGAAUGUGUUGGAACGGAUGUAAAUGGUCAGGCAAUGCAAAGGUCAUUUCAAAUGAUUGUCAAAGUUCCGGCCAUUUUCCAUGCAGAACCCGUUCAAUACAUUGCAUUAGGAGAAGCAGCUACCAUUAAAUGUCAUGUUCAAGCCAGUCCAGUUGCGGAAAUUUCAUGGUUCAAAGGUCCCGAAAAACUUCGCAUAGAAUCACCUAAAUAUGAAGUGGUCACUAAUGGUUUGCGUAUCAAUCGAGUUAAUAUGUCUGAUAAUGAUACAUUUUGGUGCCGUGCCGACGUCCUCGAAACUGGAGAGUCAAGAGACUAUCCAAUCACUGUUGUUGUUUCGAAGCUAAUCAGUCAAGCACGUGUAACGUGUGCAAAUCCAUGUGCGAUCGAAAAGAAAACGGCGACGUUAACUUGUGAAGCUUCUGGUUUACCAGAGCCGAAGUAUCUAUGGUUCUAUGGUUCGAAAGAAGAAUACCGAUUAAUUAAAGAGAAAGCAGUGAGUGCGAGUGAGGUACCGAAGUUAGUUGUACGAGGAAACCAAUUGACCAUCAACUAUGUGGAUGAAGCUGAUAACGGCAAAUACUCAUGUCAAGCAUUUAAUGAAUUCGAUCGAAAGGGACAACGAGCGGAAUAUAAUUUAAAUGUCAUUGUUCCUCCACGUUUGUCGAUGAUACCGCCGAUGGAAAUAAAUUAUGAUCCACAACAUGCUCAACGUGUAUCAUUUCAAUGUCGAAUGGAACGUGGUUCAGUCGACGGUUUGACGAUGGAAUGGCAAUAUCUAAAUAAUACACCUGUUCAAUCAACAAAUGACAUUUCUAUUGAUAAGACUCAGUUGGAAACAAAUAAACUAAUUGAAUUAAAUUUUAAUCCUGUCCAACGUGAACAUUUUGGCAAUUACUCAUGCGUAGCGAAGAAUCUCGCUGAUAGUACUUAUUCGAUUGCUAGUAUUCUCAUUAAAUUCCAACCAAUUUAUGUCGGACCAAAUAUUAACGUCAUCUCUACCAUUCCGAAUUAUCGUACGAUUAUUCGUUGUUUGUUUGAAUCGUAUCCUGCUCCACAAAUUCAAUGGAUUAAAUUGAGUCGAACUGUUCAAGAUCCCGAAGGACGUAUACUUGCGUCUGAUAUAGAUAAUGGCGUUAAUGACAUAACUACAAGGCAACUUGGAUCGACGCUGUUUGAAAGCGUUCUCUCGUACACGGCGACCGAACGUGAUUUUGGUUUAAGUUUUGAGUGUCGUGCAUUGAAUCCUCGUAUCGGUCGGCAUUCAUUUACUCUCCAACGCGCCAAACCACCGAAAAAAGUCAAUAUUACCGAAGUGAAACCAUCGUCGACUGGCGCAGAGAUCUUCAUUCAAUCAGUGGAGAUGGGUGACCUUCCAAUCGUACAGUAUAUUCUUAAAUAUGAUUUAGAAGAUGCAAAAGAUAGUCAGCUGCAAACAUUAAUGGUUCCAGCACAAGUGUCGUCAAAACAAAUUAUCAAGAUUGACAAUCUUCAACCAAAUACUGAUUACAAUUUGAUAGUCGUCGCCGAAUCACAAGCUGGUGUGGGUCAACCGACAGGUCCAAUACAGUUUCGAACAUUGGAUAAACAAAUCGCGGAUUUCACUGUCGAUGAAAAUGCCAAUCGAACUUGUUCAAACGAUGAUAGCUGUGCUAUUACCUGGAAUAUUCAAUCGAAUGGCGGAGCACCGAUCUUUCGUGUGGAGAUACUCUAUGCACAAGCAAAAGAUAAACAAAGUUUAGAUUACGAAGAACCAUUGAGCUUACCGAUCUCUAUUGAAGCACCCAUUACUGAGUACCAAUUGACCAGAUUGAAAGCCGAUACGAGUUACAUUGUAAUAGUUAAAUUGUAUAAUGAAGCUGGUGUUGCUGAACGUAAAUUUCGAAUUAAAACCAAUCGAGAAAACAAUCGAGAGAACGGCCAACGCAAGGAAUCGAUAAUAUCCGACUAUCACAAAACUCAACCAAGUAAAUGGGCUAUCAUUGGCAUUAUUUUCGCUAUUGUCUUGGCCGCUAUUACCAUCGCGACUAUUUGUAUUGUCCUGCGUGUUUGUCGAUUUGAUGGAAUACACAAAACAACGAAUUCCGACCAUCAGACAACACCAAUGAUGAACGGCGAACAUCAUUCAGAAAAAACAAACAGUCACUCAUCAACAACAAAGCUUGGUGAUGUAUAA